UCUCCUUGUCCCAGAACAACUUCAGAUUGACAGCGGUUGCCAGAAGAGGCAACUGAAUUCAGGAACAUGGUAACCCCGUGCUCAGCAGAGCUCCUGGCAAACAGACGCUGUGCAAGCAGAGUGGAACAGGACCUAGGCCCCUGACUGCCUCGUGUGAACCCACUGAUCAAACUUCGUAUCAAGAGCCAUCACUUCAUUUCUCGAUGGCUCUGCCACCUCCAGAUCCACAGUUUGUUCUCAGAGGGACCAGGGCUGCAGUCCACACUCUGCAUUUUUCCUGUGGAGGCCAAGAACCUGAUGUCCCCCUUCUUUUCUCUGGGUCUGAGAAUGGGCUUGUCCAUGUCUGGAACCUGAAAACACACAGAGUGGACACAGCGCUGGAUGGCCAUGGAGGAAAAUCAGUCUACUGUGUGGAGACAAUGGGUGGUAAAGACAGGCUGCUCAGUCAGGGCCGUGACCAGAGGAUCUGCAUGUGGGAUUUAGCAGAAGGACGUACUUCAGUGACAGAUUCUGUCUUCACGGAGAAUGUGGGAUUCUGCAGGUGCUCUUUGCUAAAAGUGGCACAGGGACGCUGGCUGAUGGCCAUGGCAGCCAAAGCCCUGGAGGAGGUUCAGGUUUUGGAGCUGCCAUCCAAGACGUCAGUCUGUACCUUGAAGCCAGAGAUGGGUGCCAAGCUGGGCAUGCCCAUGUGUCUGAAGCUAUGGCAGCUCGGCUGUGGUUCACAACCUUUGCUUCUGGCUGGCUACGAAGAUGGAUCAGUGGUCCUUUGGAAUCUGUCAACAGCAAAAGUGUUAAGCCAACUUGUUUGCCACCAGGAGCCAGUGAUGAGCCUUGACUUUGACUCGAAGAAGGCCAAGGGGAUCUCGGGCUCUUCUGAAAAGGUGCUUAGCAUCUGGCGCCUCAAUGAGCAACAGAACCUCCAGGUUGACAAAACACACAAACUUGUCAAUGCUGGCAUAGCUGAUAUUACCAUCCGUCCAGACAAGAAGAUUAUAGCAACGGCAGGAUGGGAUCACCGCAUCAGGAUCUUUGGCUGGAAAAAACUGAAGCCCUUAGCAGUGCUGGACUACCACACAGCAACUGUCCACUGCGUGUCCUUCUCAGAUCACAAAAACCCCAGUGAGAGGCUGCUGGCAGCUGGCUCAAAAGAUCACCGCAUCAGUAUCUGGUCACUAUAUACUCAGACGUGAUAUGUUCUGCACUGUGGUGGCUUAGGAACACAGGAUUGGUGAAGCAGUUCUUUACACUGUAACUUAAACCUGGACAUGGGGAAGUGGAAUAAUGUAUGUGCAGGCCAAUGUGAGGGUCCUAGGUUAAUUUUUAUGCUGCUUGUUCAAGCUGCAAGUUUUGUUUCCCAAAGAGGGAAGUGGAUUUUUUAAAUUCAUAAGAAGCAGAACAAGGCCAGUCAUGAAUGAAUACAUGGAACAAGUCACUUUCUAUUACAGGUUUUGCAACAGCUUUUCUUUGACAAGUUGCUUAAAUAACUUGUGCCAAUAUCUUCUUUUGUGAAAAAGGCCUGGAAUCCCUCAGACUGCAAUGGGGGCAGAACAUGUCUGUUUGUAAGUCCUGUCUGUAUCCUAGAAUAUGAAUCGGUGUAAAAUAUCACUCUUGAAAAUUUAUACCCAUUAAACUACCUCCAGUGGUUUCUCACUGUCAGUUACUUUUUCUUCCCCCUAACUGAAAGGCUAUCAGAACAACCUUGAUUUGUUCACACUUCUGUCAGUUUCUAACUUAAACCAAUAGCCAGGAAUGUGACUAGAAAUGGCCUUAGGCAUUUAUGAAUUUCAUUAUGUCUCCUGUCACCUCAAGCCUCACUAUUAAUCACAAGAAAGAAAGGGGGAGAAAAUCUUCCCCUGCACUGCACUGUAAAGCUUUGUAAAGCCUUUUACAGAGCCAGUGCUAAAUCCGUUCCCUAGACUGACUAGCUGAAGGAUUUAAACUCAGCAAUCCAAUUAGCGCCCUUCUCCUUGGAGAGUUAGGAGUAAGUUUCACCAUGGCAAGUCUGGGAUUCAGCUACAUAACUCCCAUUAACAUUAUGGGGAAUUGCAUGGAUAAAUCCGUAUCCACACAGUGUGAAUGACUCCAUUAACUUGUCAUGUCUAUGGUCAUGGAGUUGAAAUUCAGUCAUGAAGUUGAGGUGUUGGUUUUUUUUUUGUUUGACCCACAAAGCAGCACUUGCAUUCCUGUAAAGCACAGUAGCCAUUCCACAGCCUGUUCACAAACAUCUCACUGGUGUAUUCAGUCACAGCAUUGUAGUUACAACUGUCUCAUUGAAGCAAUUAGCAAGGACCAGCUUGUUAAAAAGGAGAUGGCCCAGGAACUAGAACUCAAAAACUGCGGUGUUUUGUGUCCAGGCUGUGCACUGCUGAUAGUUUGCUGGAAAUGUUUGUUUCUGCCUCUGUACAGAGAUGGAUAUCAAAUAAAAAGUCAUCAGAAUUACAGUGAA